AAGAGGCGUAUCACAAUGUCAUUAAUUCGUGUUAUGACAUAAACAGGAUGUCGUUUUUAUUUGCCCUAAAAGCGAAUCGGUAGGUGGCGAUAGUGAUAGCUAGCGAGGGUUUGACAGUCUUGAGUGGAAUUGAAAGAAGAAACUCAACCGGCCACCAGUCUGAACUGAAAGAGUGUCACGUACUUGACAAGUGCCCACUUUCUUCAGGGUCAAGAUGCAGACGCCGGCACAGUCCAUCAUUCACAGUGGCUACUUCCACCCAACUCUCAGGUCCUGGCAGACCUGUGCCACGGAUAUAAAAGCAGAAAACUUCAUUUACCCAAUUUUCAUCACAGACGGUGCCGAUGCCGUGGAGCCUAUUGGUAGCCUGCCCGGACAAGCCAGGUAUGGGGUGAACAAACUGGAGGGAAUGUUGCGGCCACUUGUAGAGAAUGGCUUGAAAUGUGUGUUGAUCUUUGGGGUCCCUGCAAAUAUAGCAAAGGAUGACAGAGGAUCAGGGGCAGACACGGAUGACACACCCGCCAUGAUGGCCGUGAAGAAGAUCAGAUCCCUCUUCCCCGAUCUGCUUGUAGCGUGUGACGUCUGCUUGUGUCCCUACACGUCACACGGUCACUGUGGUAUCUUGAACGAAGAUGGUUCUCUGAACAAUGAUGCUAGCUGUUUAAGACUAGCAGAAGUGGCACUAGCCUACGCCAAAGCCGGUUGUCACAUAAUUGCUCCCUCUGAUAUGAUGGAUGGCAGAGUCGGUGCCAUCAAACAAGCACUGCUUUCUAAUCUUUUGGGAAACAAGGUCUCAGUUCUAAGUUAUAGCGCCAAGUUUGCCUCAUGUUAUUAUGGUCCUUUCAGAGAUGCUGCACAGUCCAAGCCAGCUUUUGGGGACAGGCGCUGCUACCAACUCCCUCCGGGUGCGAGAGGGCUUGCCAUUCGAGCUGUGGAGCGAGAUGUAAGAGAAGGAGCUGAUAUGCUGAUGGUGAAACCAGGUCUGCCAUAUUUGGACAUUGUGAGAGAAGUCAAGGACAAGUUCCCAGCUCAUCCCCUUGCUGUGUACAAUGUGUCGGGGGAGUUUGCCAUGAUGUGGCACGGAGCGCAGGCUGGAGCGUUUGACUUGCGAGCCGCUGUGAUGGAGGUCAUGACUGCCUUCCGCAGGGCAGGUGCUGACAUCAUCAUCACAUACUACACCCCUCAGUUGCUGAACUGGUUGAAAGAGUGAAGAACGAAGAACUGAGCCUCCCUUAGGAAGAUAUCGUCUCCUAUUAAGCUAAUGACCAAAAAUCUGCUCUUGAAAAUGUCAGGGUAAUAUGCUUUUGGCAAAUUCAGUACAUUUGGGCAUUUAUUUAAAAUCUAUAGUGGAAAACUGGACCAUGCGUAAGAAUUUGUUCUUCUGUUAUUAUUAUUAUUUUUUUGUAAUUCGAGAGAGCCUAAUAUCACAGUUAUAAACACUAUAUAGUACACAAAAAGUUAGGGAUGUUGAUGAAAUUUCAGGAAGAACAUAAAAUGCACGAUAACUUUUUACAGUUCAACUUAAUUUGACCUUUUCCAAACCUUUAAAUCAGUCAUGUUUGACUGGUUAAUGUUUCAGUACUUUUUGCACAACGAGGAGCUGAAUGGCAAGUUGUACAAAAAGUACUGAAAAGUGGGUUGUGUGUAUUAAAAAGUUUUGAGAAUUGAGAUUAUGGUGCAUUUUAGGUUGAUCUUCAAAUUUCCUGCGAAAGUGAACAUCCUUAGGUUUUUGUGAGUCGUGCAUGUCUGUUUCCAAAGGGCCGAACACUGAGAAUGUAACAGUUAAUCGUAGAUUGUGUUACUCGUUUCUUAAGCACUAUCUGCGCUGUAAUUCGGAUCGUCAUUACGUGACAUUUGUGACCACAACCCCUUUGCACCGGAAAUUAAAGUGUUUAUUCAGAGCUCUUACUGUAGUGCCAACGUGUCACACAUGAGGCUUGCGGGCAAGAUCCGGCCCUCCGCAUUAUUUGAUGUAGCCGGUGAAAGCUUUCCCAGAAUUUUUUCUCGACUUCUGUUUAAAACUAGCCAUAAGAAUUGUGUUCACUAAAUGCCGGGGCAAUUAUAUAAUAUGAGGUGCUUAUUAGGAUUCCCUCACAGAACAUGUUCGUUACGGGAAAGAAGUGUAACUGUCUCGUGCUUGAGCCACACAACUAGUUUGUUUAUAAAAAAAAAAAAAUGCAGCUCAGCAUCUGGCCAGCGAGCAUCACAGCUUUCAAUGUUUUUUUCAAAAAAAUAAACAACCUCUCCCAAGUUCUUUUUAUGGCAUAAUAAUUAAGACUGCUCAAAUUGUUGCUGUUUCACUUGUCCGCAUCCUUUAUUUCUGAAAAAGACAAACUAAUGAUGUUGCAGUUUUCUAAAAAGAAAAGCUCUUAAGCUGUUAAUGUCUCAUUUAAAUGUUAUUAAACCCGCCUCUUUUCACCGAUGACAAGCAUUUUGCAUAUUGUUCCCUUACUGUACCAAAUCAUAAACUUAAAACCAAGGUAUGUACUACAACUAACCAACAUUUUUGGCAUGCUGUUCCACCACUAGCAAUGUGGUUUCACAGCUAUAAGUGACCCUGCACAAUAAUUAUAAUUAGAAU